AUGGAGAACAGAGAGGCAGAGGGGAAGAGUGACGAGGCAGAGUUGGUGAGUAAAGGGCCAGAACGGAAGCGUAAAGAGGCAGAACCGAAGCGUAAAGAAGCCGCGAAGGUGGAGUUCGACAUCGAUAUUGACGCGCUUCUGGCGGCGGUGAGCGACGACGACGAGCUUGAUGACGUGGACGACCUUGAGGAGGGCCUGUGGGGCGGACGCAGCCUGGAGGAGAUCCUGAAUGACGUGUCGGAUGACGACGAUGACGUGGCAGGUGCUGCUGUGUGCUGGGCGGGCGGGGCAGUGCGGCUUUAUCUGGCGCGGGGAGCAGCGGGGAUUCUGCUUUUGGCGGAUCAGCCUUUGGAGGGUACGGAGGGGAGAGCGUGGAGGGAAGAUUGCACAGGCACGAGCAUGGUCAUGCACAUGGGCAUGGACAUGGGCAUGGGCAUGGGCAUGGGCAUGGGCAUGGGCAUGGGGUUGGAUAUGGGAGUCGGCCAACGGGGGGUAGAGGGUGAGACGAGGGAAGAGGAGGAAGUCAUCGAAGAGGAGGGUGCCGGCACACGGACGAGUGCUGUCCGGAGCGGUGAGAUAGGCGAGAAGGACAAAGAGGAAAUAGCGGAGGUUGAGGAGAAACCGGAAGAAGCGGAUGAGGAAGAGGAGGAAGAAGAGGAAGAGGAAGAGGAAGAGGAAGAGGAGGAGGUGGUGGAGGGGGAUGAAAUGCAGUGGGAGGAGAAAGAAGGUGAAGGCAGGGGUAUGGGGAACGAUGACUGUGCUGCAGUAUCAGCAGCAGCCCUGGCAGAGGAAGGGACGGAUGGCGAUGAAGGAGACGGGAGGGAUGAGCUGGCGGCGAUGGAAGAGAAGGAGAGGCUGCAGCUGCUGGUGGGGUGGAGGAAGAGUGAGGACGGGCAGGACGGGGAGAGAGGCCCGCCCGCCGUGGGCCUACUAGAAGUCGACGCCGUGCCGCCCCUCUGCGCUGAGCUGGCACCCGCUGACGUCACUCCUGACCGAACCGACUCAGCAGGUCCGGGACAACCCGAACCAGGCUUCCGGACCAACUCGCGGUCGGCCACAGCUGUAGCAGUGCAUGAAUUGCUGGUGGCAGUGGGGACGGCAGGAGGAAAGGUUCUCCUCAUGCCUGUGCUACAACCAGCCCUGCACGGUUCCCCUUCCCCCCAUCAGCCCACCCCUGUUCCUGCCCGGAUCACAGAGCUAAUUCCCCCUCUGUCCGCCUUUGCCAGCUCCCCAAUGAGGCACGACAGGUCGUCAGUGUCUGUGCUGGCGUUCUCCCCUGCAGCUGAUCUGCUCGCAGCAGGGCUCGCAUCCGGGGCUGUUGUGCUCUGGGAUAUCUCCUCCCUCCGCCCUCGCUUUCCUGCUUCUUCUUCUGGUGCUGGUGUUACUGCUGGUGCUGCUGGUGCUGGUGGUGAGGCGAGAGGGGGAAGGAAGGGUGGGGGGAGGGUGGGGGCGGGCGGGGGAGGCGUGGGGGGGCUGGGGAGUGCGCUGGGGGGGUUGGUGGCGCCGGUGGUGAAGGUGGUGUGGGAGCAUGCUGCUGCUGUCGUGCAUGCAGGCUUCGCUGCCUCGGGAUUCCCCGCUUCUGCUGCUGGUGCUAUUUCUACUGGUGCUGCUGCUGCGGGUUCUGGUGCUUCUUCUGGAGGUGUGGGCAGUGGUGCUGCUGCCACUGCCACCGGCCCUGGUAAACGGGGAAUCGGGGGAGGAGGGGGAGGAGGCGGGGAGGGAAGAGGCGGAGGAGGGGCGGAAAGCAUGGGGAGUGAUUUUGGGGCGGGGCUGGUGAGUGGGGCAACGAGCCUCAUGAGCGGAGCAGCAGGGGGACUCAUGGGGGGAGCAGCAGGGAGGAGCUACGAGGUGGUGACGGGGGAUGCGAUGGAGUACGUGGUGCUGCAUUCAGUGACCUAUCUGCCCUUCCUGCGCUCCAUGAACAUCACUUCUCGCAAGAUUGGUGGUCGCUGUCUGUUGCUCUCCGCCUGGUUACCAGGUCCCAUCCACCCUUCCCAGCCUCCUUCCACCAGCUCCAACCCAGCCUCCCAAGCCUACCAGCCAGGUUCGGCAGGGCCAGCACAGCAGGGUGGACUUCCAGGCUCGGGAAAGAGCAGUGGUUUGGCAGUAGAGGCCAGGCAAAGAGGGGUAGAAGGAACGGUGGGAGGGGGAGGAGGAGCAGGGGGAGGGGAGAAGGGGGAGGGGGUAGCGGAGGUGACAAUGGGAGAAGUGAUGAUGGUUCAGGCCCUCGCCCUCUCUCCCUCCCUCGUAAUCCAACCCCUCUACAGGUUCAGGUCCUUCCAAAAUUCGCCCCCAUAUGCACGCACGCUCGACCUGCUGCCCUAUGCCCUCGACCCCAACACCACCACCUUACCCUACGCUGCCUGGCGCUGGGGCCUCUCCUUCGGCCUCUCCUUCCGCCUCUCCUUCUGCAAUUCUCCUCUUCUCCCUCCCCCCUGUCCGAUCCCUCACAGGCUCAGAUCCUCCCCAACAGGAGCAGGAGGGGGAGCAGCAGCAGCAGCAGCAGCGGGAAGAGCAGCAGGCGGAGGAGCAGGAGUGGGGGGAGCAGGGGGAGCAGCAGGGGCGCGGAGGGCAUGGGUGCAGGAGAAGGUGUUCGCGUUGGGGUGGGGGCGGGUGGUGCUGGUGGUGAGUGUGUUUGGGCGAAGCAUGGAGGUGAUUCACCGCUGGGACGUGCACUCCACUGUUGCUGGCCUUGCUUGGCUGGACCACCAGCAUUCCGUCUUUUCUCCAUCUUCAUCCCUCCUCCACUACCUAACCCUUCCAUACUCCCCUAACUACCUCCCGCUGCCCUUUCUUCCUGCUCUCGCCCCACAUCAGGUUCUCCUCAUCCUCACAGCUUCGGAGCACUUUUGUCUUUUCUCGCUGGGCGGCCAGCCAAUCAAGCGCCAGCCCUUGCUACACUACGACUCCGACUCAGAUUACAGCAGCUACAGUGCCGCCGGCCACGGCCGUUUCGGCCUUGUCUUCCACCCCUUUUUGUCUCGUAGCGGCCGCCCGAUCCCCUCGUUCCAGAACAGCGCCGCCGCCUGGAGCAGCGGGGCGGCGGUGUUUGUCCUCUUGCAGGGGGGCGGCAUGGUGGUGCGGGCGCACUUACUCUCCUGGAAGGAGAGAAUCAAAUCUCUGGAAGCGGCCGGCGACUGGAUGAAUGCGCUGCACACUGCAAUGGAGAUUUACCAAGGGAGGGCGGUGGGCGUAACAGGGUUACCAUGCGACCCGGAGGAGCUAGCAGCCGAAAUGGGGGCUCUCCUAUUAGCAUACAUAGAGCAGGUUUUCUCGUACUUAAAGCAGAGCGCGGCAGCGCUUACCCCAAAAACACUUAGCCCAGCGGUACUUAGCCCGGUAGCGCUCAGUCCUGUGAAUGCCAGUCCUGAAUCGUCACCCCGCCACCCAAGCUCCUCCGGUUCAGCCACAGCAGCAUCAGCGGCGGCAGCAGCAGUAGCAGCAGCAGCGGCAGUGGCAGCAGCAGCAGAGGCGGCGGGAGAGGAGCAGAGGGAGGAGUAUGUGCGGGUGGGCGGGGUGGCAAUCGAGUUCUGCAUCCGCGUGCACCAGCUGCCCCUGCUGUUCGGUGCCGUGUUUGACAAGUUCACCCAGAGAGGGCAGCGAGGCAUCUUCCUGGAGCUGCUGGAGCCGUACAUUCUCACAGACCACCUCAGCACGCUCCCUCCGGAGGUACCGCCUGCCUGCCUAGACGCACCUGCGGUGAUGCAAGCGCUGGUGGAGCAUUACAGUGAGAGGGGGUGGCUGUCGCGCGUGCAGCAGUGCGUGCUUCACAUGGACAUCUCCUCGCUGGACAUUAACCAGCAGUGCGUGCUCCACAUGGACAUCGCCGCACUUGACAUGACAUCAGCCAGGUUAGCUUGGAUGGGCGAAAUGAAGCAACUGUUCGUUUCUAGUCAUACUCCAAUCGACCUCUUCGUCUCACUCAUGCGUGCACCAUCUUGUUCCUCUUGUCCCUCCCCUCUUCCUCACAUCUCCCGUCUCCAUUUCUCUCAGGAGGUGGUGCGUCUAUGUCGUCGACACAGCCUGCACCUAUGUUUGCUUCUCCCUUUCUCUCCACCCCCCUUCUUCCCAUCUUUAACCCCCUCCUCUCAGGUGGUGCGUCUAUGUCGUCAGCACAGCCUGCAUUCAGCCCUCAUCUACCUCUUCACGCGGGCCCUUCCAUGCCCUCUCUCCCUUUCCUUCCGCCCCUGUUCCCCCCCAUUUUCGAUCCCCUCCCAGGUGGUGCGUCUGUGUCGUCAGCACAGCCUGCAUUCAGCCCUCAUCUACCUCUUCACGCGGGCCCUUCCAUGCCCUUUCUCCCUUUCCUUCCGCCCCUGUUCCCCCCCAUUUUCAAUCCCCUCCCAGGUGGUGCGUCUGUGCCGUCAGCACAGCCUGCACUCAGCCCUCAUCUACCUCUUCACGCGGGCCCUUGCGGAUUUCGUCUCGCCAGCCCAGCAGCUGCUUUCCACCCUCCUCGCCUCCUCCUCCUCCGCAGCUCCCACUACCGCCUGCUGCUCUUCCUCAAGCUCACCUUUUCCGGCCUCAAUUUCCCUCCAGGUAACUGCGGCUACACCUUUCCUCCUUCUCUUCUACACCUUUCCUCCUUCUCUUCUACACCUUUCCUCCUUCUCUUCUACACCUUUCCUCCUUCUCUUCUACACCUUUCCUCCUUCUCUUCUACACCUUUCCUCCUUCUCUUCUACACCUUUCCUCCUUCUCUUCUACACCUUUCCUCCAAGUAGUUGCACUCUUCUCUUCCUCCUGUCCGCCCCGCCCAUCCAUCCACCUUCCUGCUUUCCUUUUCUUUCCUUCCCUCCCAUCCAUCCACCUACAUCUUGCAGCGGUGCCAUCUCCCCGUCCCUCCUGCCCUCAGCUCAAGCUGAACUCCUCAACUUCCUCCUCAAACCUCGUGCGGGCUCAGAGGGAGGAGCGGAUGGAGGGGCUGGUGAUGGCUCUGCCGGACUCCUGUGGUGUGGACUUCAAUGCUCUCCUGCCCCUGGCGCUGCAAGCAGGCUUCCACCAGGUGAGGGCGAGUGGGCGAGAGAAAAUGGGAGUGAGAAAGUGAUCGAAAAGAAGGGGAUGGAGGGAGGAGCGGAUGAAGGGGCUGGUGAUGGCUCUGCUGGACUCCUGCGGAGUGGACUUCAAUGCUCUCCUGCCCUUGGCGCUUCAAGCCGGCUUCCACCAGGUGAGCUGUGCUGUCCCGUGAUGGGCAUGGGGAUAGGGCAAAGGAGACUGGAGGCAGAGGGAGGAGCGGAUGAAGGGGCUGGUGAUGGCUCUGCCGGACUCCUGUGGUGUGGACUUCAAUGCUCUCCUGCCCUUGGCGCUGCAAACGGGUUUUCACCAGGAGAGGAAGAGGAUGCUUCCACUCUGACUCUUGUGUCGACUCAAAAUGACUUUGAGUCGACUCAAAAGUCACCUCGUGUGAGGAGAGGAAGAGGAUGCUUACCACCACUCUCACUCCUGCGUUCUCCCAACAACUCUCUCCUUCUCUCUCUCCCCCCCUUCCUCCCCCCUUCCAACCAGGUGUGUGCGCGUCUAUUCAUGCGAACACACGGCAUGCUCGGCAUUCACCAAGCGCUCUCCUCUCUCCAUGUCCCCUCUUACACACAUGGAAAUUCCCCUCUCCCUUCAUGCCCCCAUCUCCCCAACCAGGUGUGUGCGCGUCUGUUCAUGCGAACACACGGCAUGCUCGGCAUUCACCAAGCGCUCUCCUCGCUCCUCACAGACGCCCACCACCCCGACAUGCCCUUUCGCCUCAUCCAAAAGGCAGCCCUCGCCCUCACCCGCAGGCACGGGGUGGUGGGCGGGGAGGAGGGUGCUGCGCUGCGAUUGGCCGUCCGGCGCCACCUGGCCCAGUUGGUGCGGCUGGACGGUGGCACUUGUCUGUAUGUGGCGCUGGGGCUGCUGCGGCUGGAUUUGGAGUUGAUUGUGAGUGCCGAUCUCGCCGGCCGGCCGCAGCUGCAGUUUGCUCUGCUGCGUGCCCUCUUCUUCUCCCAUUCGCCUCCUCCUCCUCCUCCGCUGCUGCUGCUCCCGUUGCUGCCAGCACCGGCAGGUGUAUCAGCAUCAGCAGGCCCAAACGCAGCAUCAGCAGUUCCAAAUACAGCAGCAGGGGAAGUUACAGCAGCUGCUGCUGCAGCACCGCUGCAAGAGGGAUUAGAACGAAAAGGAGGAGAUGAGGGGUUGGGGAUGGAGGGGUGGGAGGAGCAGAGGAGGCAGCUAGCAGCAGCAGCAUCCCCACGAAUGGUCGAGCUUUAUAUCGAGUUGCUCUGUAUCUACGACCCUCCCGCGCUGCUGCCCUUCCUCCAAUCACCUCUCGCCACCUGUCGCCUCGACCGCUGCCUCCGCGUCUGCCUCGCGCACAUCUCCCCGGCGCUCGCCGCGCUGCCACGUCAGCCCGUGCCAGGUCAGCAGCAGGGCGCGCCUCCGCAGGCGCCACGUCAGCAGGUGGGGGGAGAGCCAGUCCUGAACUGCCACAUCAGCGCUGCGGCGCGGGUGCUGCUAGAGCGAAUGGGGUUGGUUCAUGAGGCGCUGGCGCUGCUGCUGGUGGAAUUACACUGCUGCUUGCAUGCCCUGGAUAGGAGGGUUGCUGGGAUGAUGAUGAGGAGGAGCAAGAGGAGGUUGGGGGUGAUGGAGAGGUCUAUAGCGGGGACAACUGCUGAGGGGCCUGAAAGCGCCUCAAAAGAUGACACGAAUGCAGCAGAUGGAAGAGGUGCGAGUGCUGCUGGCCAUACAGCACGAGGAGCUGGCUCUCUGUACGCGCAGCACGGGCAGGCUGCCCCACUGGCAGCACCCUUUUCAUUUCACCUCAAUCCCGUCUUGACUUUCCCCAACCGUCUUCCAUCUCUCCCCCCCCAGGUGCGAGUGCUGCUGGCCAUACAGCACGAGGCAUUAGCUCUCUGUGCGCGCAGCACAGGCAGGCUGCCCCACUGGCAGUGCCGUGCCAUGUGGCGAACGCUGCUGGACUGCUUUCUCCUCCCUCUCAGGGCCCUCCCCAUCCCAUCUGCACCACCAGCCAUCCCACCACCACACCCCUCCCCAUCACACACACCCCCCAACCGCUGGCACUCGCUCUACUCACACCUCCUUACAGUCACAGGGGCGUCCGGCACAGCAGCCACAGGCAGGACCGGGGUGCAGUCCCGAGCAGGUGAUUCCUCAGGUGAUUUCUCAGGUGAAAACGGUCAGCAGGGGGUUGCUCCAUCUGCACUGAGCUCGUUUCCGGCCCCAUCUCUGCCGCCUUCGGUCUUCCCUCCUCCUCCACCCCCGCUCUUCGCCUCCUGUUGUCACGCGCUUGUGCUGCUUCGGGAGCAGCAGCAACGGGAAAGAAGUGGGGAUGAGGAGCAGGCUCAAGAGCAAGAGAAACAGCAACAACAGCAGCAGCAGCAGCAGCAGCAGCAGCAGCAGCAGCAGCAGCAGCAGCAGCAGCAGCAGCAGCAGCAGCAGCAGCAGCAGCAGCAGCAGCAGCAAGAAAAGCGGUGGUGGCGGCAGGAAAACCACCCGCAAGCCUGCGAUCUGAUUCUGUUUGCCGUCCGGUUCCUGCUACAAUGCUGUGCGACGGCCACUGUAGCAGAGAUGGCAGGGAUGGUGCCUCUGCCAGUCAUUGCUGCCUGGCUGCUUGGUGCAGGCGAGAGGCAGAGAGACGGGGAAGGGGGAAGAGAUCUCAUUCAGAGUGAAAUGACGGAGAAUGCUCAGAAGGAGGGCGCAGCAAGGACUGCAGGGGAUGUGGUGGGAGGGCUGCUGGAAAUUUUAGGUCGGGCAGGGUCGGAUGAGCAGCUAUUUGCUGCUGCUGCCCGGGCAGCCAAUACAGAUUCGUUCUCCCACUGCACCUCCCUGCUCUCUCUCCUGCAGCACCCCACCCGCCCCUCCUCCCGCUCCUGCCGCCUCUGCUCCACUGCUCUGUACGCCCCAGCGUCAACAGCUAAGGGAGCAGCAGCAGCACCACCACCAUCCCCGCUGCUACGAUUGCCAGCCACAGCAGCAGCCGCAGCAGCAGCAGCAGCGGCAGCAGCAGGAAAGAGAUUAUCAGUGGAGGUGUGUCUGUGUGGGCACGAGUUUCACAGGGAGUGCUUGCAGCGGCGCCACCGAGACAGCUUCUUCUUUCCACCUCCCCAUGAGUGCCCUGACUGUGGUGCCUCUCCCACCCGCCUUGUCCCCUCGCACCUCUCCUCUGCUGCUGCUCCUCCUGCUGCUAAUGCCGCAGCUUCUGCUGCACAUGCUGCCUCUUCUGGUGCUCUGGCAGUGGGUGGGGCCAGUGGGUUGGCUGCUUCCCUUCUGGAGGUACCAGAGGAGAGGGAUGGAGGGAGGAUAGGGACAGGAGGGGCGUCUGUAACACCACCGUUGGCUGUAGCUGGUGGGAGCCCUGCUGCCUUAUUCUCUGUAUCGUCAUCCUCGAUAAGCGCAAGGCUUCUCACACUAGAAGCAUCCAGGAAACAGCAACAACAAGACGAGUCGUGCCGGCUAAAGCGUCUUCACGCCACGUCAGCACCGCGCUCCGCUGCUGCGAGAGGGAGGGGGGAGAUGCGUGGGGGGCGAGGGCAUGGAAAAGGGGGUAAGGAGCGGUUGAGGGAGCAGACAGGGGAGUUACAGAACAAACGGGAGGAGAGGCUGAGGGCUGCUCGUGAGAGAGAGCAGCAGCAGGGGAUCGGCAGGUUUAAUCCAUUUGGUCGUUUCUUUAGGGGAGGAACUGGGUCGUAA